AUGGCUUUGUUCAAGAAGCCCAAUAGGAAACAACGCCAACAGCGCUUGGCACAUUCAGACAGCGAGGAAGACCAGGAGCACACGAGUCUCCUGCGCACUCAGGAAGAUCGGAAAAACAAGGACAAGGACGAUCGCGUGAAAACGACGAGCACCUUGCUGAGCUUCGGUGAGGCUGAAGAAGACGCUGACGAAGGCGAAGUUUUCAAAGUGAGGAAAUCAAGUUACUCGAGACGCAUCGCUAAGGAAUUGGAGAAGGAACGAAGACGGAAAAAGUGUGAAGAUUCAGAACCCCCGGUGAAGAUUGAAGAGUCUACGGCUGUCAAACGAGAAAAUGAAGGCAAUAGCACCAAAACCGUCGACCUCCCCCUUGCCGACGGAAUUGACGGCAUCCGCAUCAAGAACUCGAUCAAGAUCUUGAAUUCCGAUGAGAUCGAGCGGCUCGACGAUGUCAAAGUCGAAGAUGACGACGAGGACGAUCAUAACGACGUCAACCAACGCAUCGAGUUCAACCGCGAUAGUGUCUCGAGAGCUCUCGAGAAAGGGGCGAUUCCCGAUGCUGCGACGAUAUUCGCUCUGAAGAAGCAGAGGCAGAAAAUGGCGGGCCGAUCGGGCGAGGAUUUCAUUUCACUCAAGGAAAACAAAGAAACGAAUGGAUCCUCGGCAAGAGCCAGAGAAGGAAGACUUCAGGAAGAUGAAGACGACAGUGGUGCCGAGGACGGCCGCGUCAAUUUCAGUGACAUACGGUCUGGACGGCGAGAAGAAAUCCGCGAGGUCUUAGGUUCGCAAAGCAAUCAUUCCGUCGAGCACGAAAACGAGGACGACGAAGAUACCGAGGCGCUCCGUUGGGAAAAGGAACAAAUCCGCAAAGGUGUCGGUACGCUAGCCGGGGCUCAGACAUUCUCACGGAGCCCCUCCCCCAACCCCGAAGACCGGAAUAGAGUCUCGAACCUACCCCCGGUCUACAUUCCUACGGACAAGAGCGGUUUGACGAUAAAGUCGGUUGUUGACAGGGUUCGGGAUCGUUUGAGCAAUGUGAAAGACAUUGUCGCUCGGUCUCAGAACCAAUAUACUACCAUCGCUACCGAGUUGGCGCUCUGCGCCGAGACCAUUCAGAGCCUUGAGAAGCAACUGCCUCGGACGGAGAAGGAGUAUCGAUUUUAUCAGGAGAUACAGACCUACUCGAUAGAUUUGAUUGAAUGUUUGGACGCAAAAGUCCCAAUCAUAAACGCACUCGAGGGUCGGCUCCUUAGCGCUCUGGCGCAGCGCUCCGAGAAAUUCGUUCGCAGAAGAAGGCAGGAUGUGAAAGAUCAAGCUGAAGAAGUUCGCCCGGGAGCAAUCGUCGAGACCGCAGCGAAGCGCCGCGCGCGCGAAAGAGAGGGUCGCCGUAUGCGGAGAAAAACGGCGCGCCAGACUUCCGGUGUCAGCCGUCAUUUUGAUGGCAUGAGCUCCGAUGACGAACAGAUUGAAACAGAAAGACUCCAGCUCUCUACGGAUCGCGAACAAGUGUUGAGCGAUGCCACGCACAUAUUCGAGGACGUCAAUGACGACUUCAGUAAACUCAGUUCUGUUCUGAAGCAAUUUGAGAAGUGGAAGCUCUUUCUGAAUGAGUCGUACCAGGAGGCCUAUAUUCCCGUGUGCGUCCUGAAACUUGUACUGCCGUUCGUACGCCUGGAAAUGCUCAACUGGAAUCCGCUGGAAACAUCGGAAAGCGUAGAAAAAUAUCAAUGGUUCAAGGAGCUUCUCUUUUUCGGCUACAAGAUUGAAGACAAAGACGAGUCCGACCUCAACUUGAUACCCAGAGUUGUUGAGAGAGCGCUCAUUCCGAAGAUAAGUGAUUAUGCCGAGCGUGUAUGGGAUCCUAUGUCGACAUCUCAAACACGGAACCUUGUGCGAUGUAUCCGCAAGCUUUGCGAUGACUACCCUUUCGGGAGGAAGUCUAAGCCGCUGGCGACGCUCCUGGGGAAGAUUUUCGUAAAAAUCCAACGCUCGCUCGAGGAGGAUGUUUUUGUCCCGAUGGCCACGAAAGAAGUCGUAGACAAUCCUUUCUGCCCGAGUAGUCUUUUCUUCCAACGGCAGUUUUGGAGUGCGGUCAAACUUCUGGAGAAUAUUCUCUCGUUUCACGGAAUAUUGGCAGAACAGCCUCUGAAGGAGGUCGCCAUCAUGUGUCUGUUAAACAGAUAUCUGCUGUUUGCGCUCCAAUGCUCUCUCGCGCAUAAAGACACAGUGGAUCGGGUUGAGGCAAUCGGAGCCAUGCUGCCCACCGCGUGGCUGCGGUCUAAUCCUCCCGCCGAGUUGCAAAUGUUCUCCAAGCUUCUCCUGAGUCUGAUCAAACACUUGAAGAGCACAUUUGCACCUGACUUAAAAAUCCAAUCGAUCAUCAAGCUGCAUGACAGCUGCAGCGCAGUCUCAUAUGCUGACUUGACCGCGAGGAAGAAAUGA